GCUGCCCCGGGCGGGCGGGCGGGCUGGACAUGAGCCUCGCGGCCGCGCUCCGCGCAGCGGCCGCCGGCUGAGCCACAAAGAAGUUUCUGCUCCUUCUGCGGCGGCGGCGCGGCGCCCCCCAUGCACGCCCCGAGCCGCCGGCACUGGAGCGCUGCCCGGCCGGCGCCGGGCGCCGAGCCCGCCAUGAAACCCCGCGCGGGGCUGCACAGCAGCCCGGACCUGAGCCGGGCCGCGCGGCUGAGCGUCGGCGAGCUGCGCGCCCUCUUCGAGGCUCGCUGCGCCGCCGCCGCCGCCGCCGCCGCCCGGCAGCUGCCCGACCCGGCCAAGCGGGGCUGCCGCCCCCCCAACGGCGUGCUGCCGCCCGUCAUCCCCCGGCUCACCGUCACCGCCGAGGAGAGCGAGGAGGCGCAGGGCAGCCCCAAGGCGCUGCCGCCGCACCCGGAAGGCGGCUGGCUGAGGACGGACAGCUCGUUGCACCUGCAGUCCCGCCGGCUUUCCACCUCCUCGCUCUCCUCCACGGGCUCCUCGUCCCUGCUCGAGGACUCCGAGGACGACCUGCUGAGCGACACGGAGGGCAGGAGCCAGGGCAUCGUGCACCUGGAGCACGGCGAGGACACCAACCAGAAAAAGGCAUGGCAUACGAUUAAAACCAUGGUUAACUUACCAGUCAUCAGCCCCUUCAAGAAACGCUACUCAUGGGUGCAGCUGGCUGGGCAUACAGGGAGUUUCAAAGCAGCUGAUAAUGGGAAGAUUCUCAAGCGCUUCUCAGAGAAUGAGAAGGAGUGCUUUGAGCGACUGAUGAAAGAUCCACUACGCUCCUGUGUUCCUUGCUUCCACGGUGUGGUGGAGAGAGAUGGUGAAAGCUACAUUCAGCUGGAUGACUUGCUUACUGAUUUUGAAGGGCCGUGUGUGAUGGACUGCAAGAUGGGGAUCAGGACAUACCUGGAGGAAGAGUUGACUAAGGCCCGUGAGAAACCAAAGCUGCGUAAGGACAUGUACAAGAAAAUGAUUGAAGUGGAUCCUCUUGCUCCUACAGCAGAAGAGAAUGCGCAGCAUGCUGUCACCAAGCCCCGAUACAUGCAGUGGAGGGAAACCAUCAGCUCCAGUGCCAACUUGGGCUUCAGGAUUGAAGGGAUUAAGAAGGCAGAUGGAACAUGUAACACAAACUUCAAAACCACGAAGACACAGGAGCAAGUUCUCCAGGUUUUUGUGGAAUUCAUUGAGGGUAACACAACUAUUCUGAAAAAAUACCUCAGGCGUCUGCAGGAAAUUCAUGUCAUUCUUGAGUCGUCAGACUUCUUCAAGCGACAUGAGGUUGUUGGAAGUUCACUACUUUUUGUACAUGAUGACAGUGGGAAUGCCAAUGUGUGGCUGAUUGAUUUUGGGAAGACCACCCUUCUGCCUGAUGGGCAGACACUGGAUCACAGAAUUCCCUGGCAGGAAGGCAACAGGGAAGAUGGGUACUUGUUGGGACUGGACAAUUUGAUUGGCAUCUUGGAAAGCAUCACUGAAAGAUGAGAUGAGCGUGGCACAAAACUCACAGGGCUGCUUUGUAACUUUCCGCUCUACUGGGAUCACUCAGUUAGAAGGAAACCUCUUCAAUUCCCUCCAAGCUCCUGGGGGGGGCCAUUACACUGCAGAGGGAGCUGCAUCUAGAGCCCAGCUGUUAGUGAUCAAAAUGACUGCAUCAGCCCUCUAUGAACCUGCAUAACUCCAGAUUGGUCUGUAUUGCACCAGCCUUACUUUGGACUGGUCUUCAGAGAAUCAGGAUCUCCACACUCAGGAAUCACACCAGCAUGAGUCAAGAAGUCUGUAUGGUGAACCCACAAUGAUUCUGAUUUCAGGCAAACAGAUGCAACUCUAGGUUACCUCUUAGUGAACCAGAGCAAGUGCUUGGGGAUUCAGGGUAGCAGGUAACUGAAUUUUUCAGGGAACUACAGUUUUGAAACCAGCAAGAGUGUGUGUUCCCCAAAUUCUAGGUCUCCUUGCUCCCAUGUAUACUAUGGGUUGGGCCAACAACAGCUGCUGCACUGUGCUACAAUGUGCACAAAGUGGGAAUUGGUGAUAAUUGCAAGAACCCUGGACCAAAGGGAGACCCCAGUUUAUAGCAGAGAUUGCAUUAGUGGCUGGAUGUAGUAACUGCUGUUGACCGUUUCUCCUCUUCCCUACACUAGCCUCAGUUCAUUUCUGUCAGAACAGCUUUUGCUUUUUAUGUAUGUAGCCUCUCAGGAGAUUACAGAUACUCUAGUGAGAGAACAGCACCCUGUUGUCUCCAAAAACAUCUGACUUUUCAGACUGGGUGGGCUGUUGAAAAUGUGGCUGGCAUAGCAAGGCUGGUCUCUUGCAGCAGAACUGCAGUUCUGAAAAAUCAGCCGACACUUUUUGGGCACACAGUGUGGGGUGCAAAGGAUUUUUUUCAGGAUUUGAUUAUUUUUAAAGCUAAAAGCCCUACACACACACACACACACACACACACACACACACACACUAGUAACCCUACUACCAGUGUGAUUUAUUUUAGACCAUUGUUUUGAGUCUCUCCUGACUCACAUGAAAGAGAUGACUUGGCCUUGUUCAUCAUACUCCCAAAUAUGAGGCUGCCACUUGAAUAUAUAGACCAGCAUGGAGAUCAUGAGGGAAAUGCUUUUGCAUUUACAUUACACUAAUAGUGAGAUCCAUUCCUAGGCAUCUUUCCUCUGAGAUACCUGCUGUUAUCUCAAGGGAAGUUUGGGGGAAUGAAUGUCAAUAUAUCACAUUCUCUAAUCCCUUUCUGGAGUCACAGGACCACCUGUGGUUGAUUUGUUUUUGCUGUAGCCUGGGCAUAGCCACAGAAAGCUCAGUUUGAGUUAAAAUCAAGAAAGACUAAAGGGAUACAUUUUGUUGUGAUGCAUCUCUGUUUGCCUCUGUUCACUUGAUCAGUUCUUUAAAUGCUAGCAGUAUAAAUACUAUCAGCAUAUAAAUGCUAUCAAUAUUCAUCCGUUCAUUCAGAAUUCAACAAGGUAGAGUGGGGAUUCUGUAGGAAGCACUGAGAGAAGUGAAAAUGCUUUAGCCUAAAACAGAAAUUGUUUGAAACUGGUAAUUAUUUUUGCAGCUCACUGCAAAUUCAGAGUUGUUCUGUGGCCUCACAGAGUCCCUCUCAGUAUUAUUUUCAUGCUAAGUUAAUGAAUUUUCUUUCCACUUAAGUGUUUCAGAGGGUUUACACUAAGAGAAAGUAGAGCUGUAGAACAGCUACACAGUUUGAAAAAGAUAGAUAGGAUUUCAAGAAACUUCGUUUUUUGGGGAGUUUUUGUUUGUUUUUUAAAGUGAAAGUGAUCCUUCAAUAACAAGCACGCACAUUAUUCCAGAUGUCUCAAAACUUUUGAAUUUUUAUAAGCUGACAAAUUAAUCUCUGGUGAAUUUCAUAGAAUUAGACGUUUUCCUCCUUUCUUGCAGCCAUCAGGUAAGCCAUCUGUUAGCAGUGCUUAAAAGAGACUAGAAAGUAAAUAGGUGUCACAGGAGCGGACUUUAAUAAGAAUACCUUUUCUAUAAAAGUGCGAUUCCAAGCAGUCCUACCACAACUAAAAAAUAUAAUUAAACCUAGAGAAAUUAAAAAUGAAACUGUUAAGGUGAUACAGUUCAUUAGUGGUUUUUCAUGUCUACUUUUAAUUAACCUCUGGCGUUGUUUUUUUUUUUUUUUUUUUUUCCUGUUAUCACACAUGUGAACCUCUUGUGCCAGCGCAACUUAUUUUCUAAAGGGAGAAUGGGGGUUUGAAGCUAAAAACUGAUGCUUAAAUAUCAGAGGGCAAUUUGACACAAACUUCUAGAAUGACUGUUCAGUUCUAGUGGAGAACUAGAAAUCAGUAGCUUUAAAAGAACUACUGCUGCUGGUACCUGGAAGGAUGGUUUGCAGUACAAAGUCUUGGGGAAAAACAUGGGAAAUGAUCCAUUUUUGUGCAGUAGUUGCAAAGGCUAGGAAAAAAAGACGACCUCUAUUGGAAACUCAAUUUAGAUCAGAAAUAGCCCAAACAUGUUUGUUUUGAAGUGGCCCUUUGGCUUUUCAUGGGGUUAGAAGGGAAGAAGCCACAGUCUAACAUUCUGCUGCUGUUACAGAAAAAAAAGAAUAGGAGGGAGCUUUUAAUUAGCAAACUACAGGUACAGGACUCCAAAUGAGGACUGGAGAUAAAGGGGCUGGAGGCUCUGAGCUCGUGAGCAAAUUACCACAGGGUAAGUAAGUUAGAUGUUUUGACUUGCAUCAGGUGUCCAGGGCAGGCACUCUGGGACACUCCCUUGCUUGUGUGAGGAAGCAGCAUAACCUUCUUUCACUGUGGGGUACAUUACCUUGAACAAGCUUCCAUCUGCUGAAGCAUCAGUGAUGCCUUUGCCUAGACAUUUACCGUGCAAGAGCUGAUGCGUGAUGACCAAGAUGCUUGGUCACAUACGAGUCCAAAACACAGCUCUUUAAAGCCUCAGCUGAGAUACUUCCUCUCGCUGGAGACACUGAAAGUACCUGUGUUUCCGUGGCAUGGUGAUGUGUGCUGGCCCAGAGGCUCUUUGGUGCUGUACAGCUAACCUUGACCUGGAGUGCCAGGAUCAUCACUAGUUAGGUGCAGCAGUGCUCAGUGCUGUAGCUGCUUCAUUCUUGUGUGAAUUUAGCAGUAGGACGUAUCUCCCCAACUUUGUCAAUGACUUGCUUUUUUGGCCUUUACAGCUAUCUCCUAGGCCUCAGUUUUGUUCCUGUUUCACAGAUGGGCAUAGUACCUGCUUACCUCGCAGGAAUGGGGUGAGGCUGUACUUUGUUAUUGCUUGCAAGAUGCUGUGAGAUUCUUUGGAGGAUGGUGCAAUAUAGAAAGAAAUACACAAACAAUACAUUGUCUACAUUAAAAAUCAUGGGUGUUGUGGUCCCACAAGGAUAUAAAUCUGGAUGAAAUUUAACAACAGUGGUACAAAUCAAAUCACUGUUCAUUUUACACAGACGAAGAAUUCACUUAACAUCAUCUGAUCCUAUUCUAGAGAAAGAUUUCAAAGGGAGUUGGACCAAACCCCUAACUAUCUCAGUAGGCUCUUGCUUAUCUUUUUUUGUAUUGCUGUUAUUAUUAUUUGUUGUUAUUAAGGUACUGAGAUCAAAUGGCCUGUAUCAUCCACAGUGCAUCCGUUCUGAACACUACAAUGCAAUGCUGACCAUGGUCACUUUUGAUAUUGACUGUAUUGGUUGAGUGUUUGUUACGCCGGAGUGUGUAUGCUACUAAAUAAAUGAGACUGGAGGAAAAAAAAGAUAAACUGUGAUUUGGUCAUGGGAAAGUUAUUUCUUUUCCUCAAGAU